CACAAGGAACAUUCAUCCGUGUUGGAACUUCUGGUGCAGGUACUAUAUAUAGUUACAAAGAAAGGAAAUUCUUUCAAGCCCAAAGUUUGAUAGAUGAAUUAACUUCUAGAUUAGGUAUAUCUUCAAAAAUGAGUGAUAUUAAAGCGAUGAUUUCUACCAUCACAGAGGGUGAAUUUGGGCAAGGUGAUUGGUUUCAGGUUUUAAUUGGUGCAUGAUGAUUUCACCUGAAUGUUUGUCCAUGUUGUAUGAGCAAUCUUCCGAGAGGGUCGAUCUUCAGGAUUGUAGUGAGUGGUGGAAUGGAAAAUCAGAAUUGAGCAAAAAGCUUGUGCUCAAACAGUUACUCGAGAAGGAUGUCGGAUUCGAAUCCAUGCCACCUUCUUUUAUUUCAAACUGCUUGAAAUGUGAGAUGAGAAGAGAGAAGAUCAAUGCUGCUAAGGUGCGUAUAGAUAGAAUAAUGCAUCCAUGGAAUUCUGAUUUGGGUGCUGAUUGUUCUGAGAAAAAGUUCAAGAGAAGAAGAAAGCUUGUUGAUGGAGUUGAUUGGGAAGACCUGAUUAUUGAGACCUUACUUCUUCAUCAAGUAAAGGAGGAGGAAAUUGAGAAGGGAUACUACGGUACGUUGCUGGAUUUGCAUGUGUUUAACUCUGGCAUUGUAUGAGAUUUUCCUAAUUUUCUGGCUUUGUAAUUAGCUCCUGCUUGGAGUUUCUCAUCAGUCCGUAUAGCGUUUUUGCUUUUCUUGUUAUCUUCAUUUUUUUUUCUGGCGAAUUAUCCACAGGUAUCUCCAUUAUUAAUAUUUGUUGAUAGAAGAUAAAAUUUUAUUCAACUAAAUUUAUAUGAAUUCGUGAGUCUGUUCCCUUUUCUAAAGUAUAAUGAAAGUUUAAUCAUUUGAGUUGUUUUAUACA